GUUGAUGCUAACGAGAUACAUCUUAUCGUCUUUGGUCCAAAGUUAUUAUCACCCACCAGUUUGAGCUACUACUUUAUGUAUCAACUAGUCAGGUCAAUUUAUAAAAGUCGACCAAGAGGUUACUUCAGAAUGACGUGAAAUUGUUUAGUUGUUUUCCACCGAAAAUUCCUUUCCUGCAAACUGACAAGCAUGUGUUGCACUAAUUGUGGCGUGGCAAAAAUAAGUAAACAGAAUUUUGAAAAAGAAAGUGAUUAAUAUUAACAAAGAAGCCGGUGUUGGCGAGGAAUAAUACAUUUCAGAGCGCAUCACAAAAAAGCAAUCUGCCCACUACGAGUUCAUACAGUACGAACACCAUAAACCAUAUAUAUUUCAACCCGAGUGCAAGCAACUCUGACCAUGAGUCCGACCAUGGACACUCUUGAGGAAGGAUUACAAUGCAGGAGUGCCAUUGUUGCCACCACUAAACCACCUCUUUUGACAUUGAACCCUGGGAACCAAACAGUUGGAGAUUGUCGUCUCUUGUCCGUCACCAGACUUGCAGCGGAUCACUCCGUGCAGCAAGUUCCAAACUCUUUUUCGAAGUCUUGGCCAGUUAACAGGACCAAGUUCCUCGUGCGUAAUGCAAGAAAAUUGGGGACGACAUCACUGCCAAGCAUGACGCUCCAUUUGAGUCAGAAUAAUAAUAGUUCCGAUAAGUGCAUUUCGAGUCUUAGCAAGCCCACCAAUUCGUCUCCACUUUCUCCUCUGCCAUCACCCUUGCAGUCGAAUAUUACUGGUCAUGAUGCCAUUGUAAUAAAUACCGCUCCCAGUAACAAACUACACCCUUUUAACGAUAAUCAUCCUUGGCUUGAUCUGAAAAGGACCAAGCUGUUCCUGGAGAAAAAGUUUCCCCUUGCAGUGAAAUAUAUUUUGACGUAUCCUCUCGUCGUUAUAUGUUUGUGGGCUCUACUUUAUAUAUUUUGGGGAAAGCUGGCCUUCCCCGAGAGUGGGUCAUUGUUUGCCUUGCUAGCAUUGGAAGUUUCUGCAAUUUUCCUAGGUCAUGUUGCCUCUUUGCUGGAUUUUCCUCCACUUCUGGGAAUGUUUUGUGCUGGGUUACUUUUGAGAAAUGUACCCAGAAUAAAUGUUGCAAAGAAUUUGAGUCUGGAGAUUUCUUCUCCUUUAAGAGGAAUUUCAGUUGUGAUCCUUUUGACGAGAGGGGCGUUCGGGGUCAAUAUGAUCAACAUUCGCAAGUUCAGAAAUGUGGUUCCUUCUCUUGCAAUCGGAAGUUGCAUUAUCGAAGCGGUGUUUGCGGGUUUAUCCGUAUUCUAUAUUCUUGGAUUUUCUCCUGCCUGGGCUGCAUUGAUGGGUUGCAUAAUGUCCGCAAUGUCCGGGGCAGCUGUCAUGCCAUAUUUGCUUGCGAUAGAAUCUAAAGUUAUGAACGAUCAGGCUGGGACAAGUCUUCCUAAAGCAAAAGAAGUGUUACUAAUUGCAAAAACUGCUUGCGGUCUCGACGCUAUUUUGGCCAUUUGUAUGGCGGAAUGUGCGCUGGGCUUCAUUUUUGGAAACGAGGAAAUGGAAGCUGGACUUGUCAAAGGAUUAGCAGAAGUGACAUUAGGAGGGGUUUUUGGGAUUUUCUGGGGAGGUCUAAGUGGCGUUUUACUAGCUCAUGAGAACGAUCCAGAUAUAAAAACAAUCGCCGUUUUUUCCGGAGGGGUCAUGUCCCUUAUUGGGCUAUCCAAAAUUGGAUACCCAAGGGGAGGGCCACUGGGGACCUUUCUUGGCGCUUUCGUUGCGGUGACCAUUUGGAAGAAGAAAAGUGACCUCACUAAUCUUACCUGCGCAUAUGACAAGUUGUGGUUUAUAUUUCAACCCUUACUGUUUGGAAUCAUCGGAGCUAGGACAGACUUCGAAAUUUUUGAUUGGACUGUGAUUUACAAAGGCGUUGGGUGUCUCCUAAUUAGCACAGUGGUGCGAAUUUUUGCAUCAUAUUUAAUGACGAGUUGGGUGGACAUUUCUUUCCGGGAAAGAAUUUUUCUGGUGCUCGCUUGGACAGGGAAGGGAACGGUUCAAGCAGCGUUAGGUCCUGUGGCGCUGGACACGGCAAUCGAUUUGGGCCUUGAAAACGAGCAACUAUUAGCACAACAAAUUAUGAACAUUGCCGCCAUGAUAAUACUGCUUUCUUCGUUUUCUGGGUUUCUAGCUUUAAAAUUCUUCGGACAUUCGAUGCUAACAAGAUGAUACUCACCUUUCAAUCGUAUAUAAUUUCCGCAAGAGGCCGAAGUGGAUAUACAUAAUUAUAAAAGUAUAUGCCUUGUUUUUAAAUAAAACCCAUUAAUGAAUAAACAGCAGACGUACAAAACAU